AUGGCACUCGCUUCUUGGUUUAUCUUUUCUUUCCUGUUGUCAUGCGCGCUCUACUUGACGAGUUGGAUACGAGAGAGACGUAGAAUACCACCAGGUGCUCGACCGCUGCCUGGUCCUAGAUCCUUACCCCUAAUCGGCCGCGUGCAUGACAUCCCCACAGAGUCGACAUGGCUAAAGUUUCACGAAUGGAGCAAAGAGUAUGGGCCGAUAUAUCAGACGGAAAUGUUUGGCACGGUCCACGUCUGGAUAUCGUCGGAACGAAUCGCCAAUGACUUGCUGUCUCGACGAGCAGCCAACUACUCGGAUCGGCCGCUGAUACCAAAUCUCCCAGACAAUCGAACUAGCGGGAAUUAUCUCGCUCUGUCGGGACGAAAUGAGACGUGGAAGCGCCAACGAAAGCUUUGUCAACAAUUAAUGGCGACAUCGGCCAAAUCACUGUUACACGACUAUCCAGCCAAGGAGCGGGACCGUUUCUUAUACCUACUCUCACGAGAUCCUUCACAAUAUCGAGAAUAUGUCGAGCAAUUCACAUCACGUACGGUAUCCCGUCUCUCUUGGGGCAGUCCUCACCCCGCUCAGCUUUUACGAGUGACCACCUUCGGACUCCUCGAGACUAUCUCCCCUUCAGGGGCCCUCCCUAACGUAAUUUCUUGGCUCAUGCACCUACCAACCUUCUUAAGCCCGUGGAAGCAAAAAGAAAAUGCUCGACAUAAGCUUGAAGCGGGGCUCCUAAAAGGCAACGUGCAGUAUGUACAUGACCGCCUGAACGAGGGGAAUGCUGAGCCCAGUUUUGUGCGCACUUUUAUCGAUAGCUUAAGCACCCAAAAAGACGGCCAUAAAUGGGGAAAUGAGGCGGAGGCGACCUACGUUGUAGGCCAGAUGGCCAUCGCCGGGGCCUUAACAAUAGGAAGCCCAAUCCAGAGUUUCAUUCUCGCCAUGUUACAUUAUCCCGAUUGGCAGAGAAAACUCCAAGAUGAAAUCGAAGUGGCAUGCGAGGGAAGAUGUCCCGAAUGGGAAGACCGUGAAAAGUUGCCGUUACUCCGAGCCGUGGUUAAGGAGACAAUCCGGUGGCGCCCACCGGUCCCGACCGGAAUUCCGCAUGCCAUCGAGCAGGACGAUGUGUACAACGGCUACUUCAUUCCUGCGGGUGCUACCAUCCACGCGCUAGAAUGGGCCAUCACACGUGACGAGUCCAUCUACCCGGACCCGGACGCGUUCAAUCCCGGGCGGUGGAUAGAUCCGCAGUUUCCGACGUACAAGGAGCCGCUAACGCAGCAUCCGAAUCUCAACGGAUUCAGCCAGUUCGGCUUCGGUCGCCGCACGUGCCAAGGAAUCCCGAUCGUUGACCAGGACUUAUUCCUAACGAUGGGCGGGAUGGCAUGGGCCUUCAACAUCCGUCGGAAGAGGCGUCCGGACGGCACCGAGGUCCCCGUCCACUGGAACGAUUACACGCCGUUGCUAAUCGCCAAGCCGGCGCCAUUCGAAUUCGACGCCACGGUUAGAAGUGAUGAGAAGGAGAGGUUGUUGAAACGCAUGUGGGAGACGGGGAAGGGCGAGGAUGACGAGGAGGAAGAGAGGAAUCAAAUGCUACUACAAAAGGAGAUAGGACAACCGUUGGGGGAGGGAAAACAUAAUGGUCCGCCAGCGGUCGUUUCGGACGUCGUGCACGAACACGAAGAUGACGUCGGGAGCGAUCGCGGCAGCGAGACGAGCGGCGCGGCGGGGUCGCUCACGGGGUCCGUGGCUUCGGUCAGCACCGGCUCGGAUAGCGAGGGGGAGGGCCACGGACUGAGAGCGCCGCUAACGGUGGUGAAGAGGUGCGGCGAGGAGAAAAGGAGGAUGACGUUCGUAUCGAUCGAGGUAAUGGAUUAG